GUUUCACGCCGCUUAUACUCUGUCAAUAAAAAAAAACUUCGCUAUCUUUAGAUGCAAAGCACGCGCUGCGCUAUGCGCUUGCUCAUCGAUUUCACGAAAACGAGUUUUUCUCAGUGAAAUCGUACUUUUUUUUCUAUUCAGCGACAUUGGUCGCUCACAUAGUGACAUCAAGAAAAAAAAACCAUGAAUGUAAUUAUUGCGCUUUUGUUCGUGAUAAUUCGCAUCAACGCUGCCGAAGAAUACAUACCACCAGUCGAUGGGAUGCAAAAACUCUCGAUAACUGUCGAUACCGAUAAAAAAUUAAACUUGGUUCGGUCGUAUCAAGACGAAGAGGGAUUCGACUUUUUGCGAGUACCGGAAAAACCAUCGAAAAAUGGCGUCGUCGAAUUAUACGUAGCUGGGGACAAGGUGAACAAAUUCAAAGGCACGUUGAAAAAGAAUCACUUGACUUACAAAAUCGACAUCGAGAACGUGGCCGAGACGAUAAAGAAGAGCAACGACGAAAAUCACAAGCGUCAUCGUCGGACGCGUCGUGAUGUCCAUAAUUUCGAACAUUUUCCAAAAUACGAUGAGAUCACAGCUUACUUGAAACAAAUCCACAAAGAACAUCCGAGUUUCACGAAGAUAGAAAGGAUCGGAGGUUCUUACGAGAAUCGAGAUAUCUUUGCCAUUAAAUUUUCUAAACGAGACCGUAACGUUAAGAAACCGAUUUUACUGAUCGACGCUGGCAUUCACGCCCGCGAGUGGAUCUCCGUUACCACGGCUCUGUACGCGAUCGAUCAACUGACGAAACAUCCCAAUUUUUUGAACAAUAUGGACGUUUAUGUGAUUCCACUGCUCAAUCCGGAUGGUUACGAGUUUUCUCACGGCAGCGAUAAGGCAAGAAUGUGGAGAAAGAGUCGAUCGGAAAUCAAACGAUGGGGUUGCACGGGUGUCGAUCUCAAUCGCAAUUUUGGAUUCCACUGGAACACCGUCGGUGCCUCAAAGGUUCCGUGCAGUCCUAUCUACGCCGGUCCCCACGCAUUUUCCGAACCGGAGAGUCGAGCACUCAGGGAUUUUAUGUUGCGUCUACGAGGACGAAUCAAAGUCUACCUGAGCCUUCAUUGUCCAGGAAAUUUAAUUUUGCAUCCUUGGGGUUACACUUACGAUGCUCCAAAAAAUGCUCAUGAUUUGGUAUGCCUCGGUCGCGAAGCUAACAAUAAAUUGGCCAAGGUACGAAAAUCUUCGUAUCAAGUCGGCUCUGCAUCGAAAGUCGUCUAUUUGAGUUCGGGUAGCAGUACCGAUUGGGCAAUGGGAGAGGGUGGCGUCGAGAUGGCUUACACAAUCGAAUUGACGGAAAAAAUGCACGGGUUCACGACGCCGACCAGUGAAAUUGUUCCCGUAGGUAAGGAGUUUUUCGAAGCCUUGAAAGUUUUUUCGAGUCACGUUGUUGGAAAAGAUGAAUGUCAUGAGGCUACAGAAGAUAUGUAAAAAGUAAAGCAUGAAAUUUACAAGAAAAAAGGAAUAAAGAUAAUUUCAUUACAAAUGACAGAAUAAUGGAUAUUUUUUUAGAGA